AAGGGAAACCCCGGCGGGGAGACUCGGCCCCAAAAGCGGCGGCCAUUGGAGGUGGCUGCGGCAGCUGUUUCUGCCCGAGAAGGGCUGACUCCCUGCCCCGGUGAGCCCAAAUGAGAAGUUGCUUCCUGCCGCCUGCCUCCGUCCCAGCUUCUCGCAACCCCGUCUUUCGCUCCGACCAUGUGGCCUCAUGGAUGAGCUGGUACAUGACUUAGCCUCAGCCUUGGAGCAGACAUCUGAGCAGAAUAAGCUUGGUGAGCUGUGGGAGGAGAUGGCCCUGAGCCCUCGCCAGCAGAGGCGGCAGCUUCGCAAACGGAGAGGCCGGAAGCGCCGUUCAGACUUCACUCACCUGGCAGAGCAUACCUGCUGCUACAGUGAGGCCUCUGAGUCCAGUCUCGAUGAGGCCAUUAAGGACUGUCGAGAAAUGGCCCCUGUUGCCAAUUUUAGUGACUCUGAUGACACGAUGGUAGCCAAACGGCACCCAGCUCUCAAUGCCAUGGUUAAGAGUAAGCAGCACUCUUGGCACGAAUCUGACUCCUUUACCGAAAAUGCACCAUGUCGACCGCUGCGGCGCCGGCGGAAGGUGAAGCGGGUGACAUCAGAGGUGGCUGCCAGCCUCCAGCAGAAGCUCAAGGUGUCAGAUUGGAGCUAUGAGAGAGGCUGCAGGUUCAAGUCUGCUAAGAAGCAGCGUCUGUCCCGCUGGAAGGAGAAUACUCCCUGGACCUCCUCAGGUCAUGGGUUGUGUGAGUCAGCAGAAAAUAGGACUUUCCUAAGCAAAACAGGAAGGAAAGAAAGGAUGGAGUGUGAAGCAGAUGAAGCAAAACAGGGCUCUGAUGAGAACAUGUCAGAAUGUGAAACCAGCAGUGUAUGUAGCAGCAGUGACACAGGGCUCUUUACCAACGACGAAGGACGGCAAGGGGAUGAUGAGCAGAGUGAUUGGUUCUAUGAGGGAGAAUGUGUCCCAGGAUUCACUGUCCCUAAUCUUCUGCCGAAGUGGGCUCCUGAUCAUUGCCCUGAAGUAGAAAGAAUGGAUUCUGGACUGGAUAAACUUUCCGAUUCCACAUUCCUUUUACCUUCUCGACCAGCUCAAAGAGGGUACCAUGCCCGCUUGAAUCGUCUGCCUGGAGCUGCAGCUCGAUGCCUCAGAAAGGGCCGAAGAAGGCUUGUUGGGAAGGAGACCAGCAUAAGUACUGAGAGAAUAGGCCACAUCAUUAGUGACCCUCGGCAGAAGGAAAAGAAUAAAGCAUUGGCUUCUGAUUUUCCUCACAUUUCUGCUUGUGCACAUGAGUUUAAUCCCCUGUCUCCCCUUUACUCCUUGGAUGUUCUCACUGAUGCUUCUCACCGAAGAUGUUCACCAGCACACUGCUCUGCCAGACAGGCAAACAUACACUUGGGACCCCCAUGUUCACGUGACAUCAAGAGGAAACGGAAACCUGUGGCCACAGCAUCUCUGUCCAGCCCAAAUGCAGUUCAUGUGGAUGUAGUGGAAACAACUACACCAGCAUCGCAGGUCCAGAAACCUCCAAACCCUGAGUGGUUGGUCAGGACCUCUGCCGCAGAGAAAGCCACUGACUCAGCUGCAGCGACGUUUUUUAAAAUGCCACCAGAAAAGAGCCCUGGAUACAGUUAGAGAGCAGGAUUCCACCCACCAGGAGCUACUGGGUGUUGUGAAACGCAUCCCAGACGUGGUACCGCGGAGUCUUGCAUAUCGUAAUUGACAUUCCCAAUCCUUUCAUCGCCGGGGUGACCCUUCUUUCAAACAAAGCAGUGGACUCUUUCUCUUAGAAAAUCAUGUUGUGGAAAUCUGUUUUUGUUUUGUUCUGUUUUGUUUUUUUAAAGUUAGUAAAGUAUUGCAGCAGCAGUUUUUUUAAAAAAAGGUCAUCCUAUGCUAUAUUUGUUACAUUGCUGUCAUUGUCCCAACAGCUACCUACAGUUCCUUUCACAGAGCUGUUGCUUUUUGCAGGUAUGUCUCUUUUCUUGAAAAACUAGUAACUCCUUUUGCAUACUUUACAUGUGUAGCUUUUAACAUCAUUUGAGGAAGUCCCAAAUUUGUAGCCAGUUCUAGACAGAUGUAAACACUGAGUUGAGACCUGUGUGUGGAAUUGUGUUUACAGGAGAUAGAGUUUGCCUUUGAGCCUGGUCUUGAUUCACUGAGAGUGCCAAUAAGCCAAAUUCACCAAGUUCUCAUUUGGGAGCCUCAGAGGAGACACCAGCAACACGGACAGUGGAAGGAAGCUUCUUCCAUUUUUCUGGAUGGCCUAAUGGGAUCUCCGGCAGCUGGACUGUACUUUGCCUCAUCUCCAGAGUUGGUGUUCUCCCGCAGAGGAUAUGUACAUUCAUAAUAUAAUGAAGAAAUGGUUUCGUUGUUCAGCAAACUUAAAAUAGUCAGUGGAUUGUGUCUUAGUACUUCAUGUCACAGUAUAAGCUUUUAUGUAUGAAAUGGGACUUUUAUUGUUAGCUUAUAGGUGAAUAACCUGCAGCAGAAAUUCACACUCUAUUAUAAUAAUGGCUUCUCGGGGACAUACUUCGGGGAGAAAAAUGUCUUUUUGACACGCCUUUAUACUUGGUGUGUUUAUGACGGCUCAGCUGCAUGUGGAGUUAUAUAUACGGCCAUGCCUGAAGUUGGAUGCUACUUUGUCAAAAUGAGGAAUAAGUGACUGCCUGGAGCUGCUGGAGAAAAGCCACCCUUUCUAAAAAAGUAUUUUCCAGAGUGUCUGUCAUUUGUGGCCUGGUUGACAGAAGGGUUCUUUUUUGUACGAAUUGAGUACAUUUGCUCUGAAAUACAGAGAAACUGUUCUCUAAGUGCCCACUUCUCUGGUAAGGUUCCAGAGGAACUCCCAGCCCUGCCCCUGGAUAUCUUCUGUGCUUGAAUUAGGUGCCGAGUGGGACAGAGCCUCCUAUCCCUGAAGUGCAGCUGUCCCUUUUCCUCACACACAAUGUGAGGGUCGGCUGCUCUGUCGUGUUCCCUUUAAAAAUGAUAGUCCUUACCUAUCCGUGCUAACUCCAGGAUUUCCUUGUUGAUGGGUGGGUGUGAAUCUAGUAGGAAGGGGGGACUUGAAGCUAAUUUAAAAUGGCACUUUCUUUAAGAGGGAGAACACGUCAAUUGUCCAUAACGAGGAGUCUGGUGGAGGGAGGGGCACAUGGAGAUUAUGAAGUGAGGAGUAGCAUUAAAGCCAAACCAGCAUCCCUGGGAGCCACCCCUAGUUCUCCUUUUGUCCAUUGGGGCUACAUCCAGAGCAGUAUAGAAAAUGAAAAUGCCUGUUGAAUAUAAAAUGGCACUACUAAAUUGUUUUAUUGAUGAAGGGGGGUUUUAUUGUCAUAUGUGCAUUCUUACCUAGUUCCCAUCAUGUCCUAAGACACAUUUCUAACAUAUUUGUUGGACUCAAGGGGAAAAAAAAAUCCAUGGACAUAAUUUUAUUUUCUUUGCACUAAGCUCUGGCUCUUGCAGAGAUGGGUCCUGUGAUCAUGGCCUAUUCAGAUCUCCACAGUUCAGAUAGAAUCUUGUUGCCUGGCAAUUCUCCUUUCUACCUGUGAUUACAAAUAAUUUAUAUAUAUGACUUUAUUUACAUUUUAAACAUCUCUAGGAUGAUGUACUGCUAUUUUAGAGAGACAAGAAUGGUCACAGAGUUUAGCGACUUGCCCAAAAGUCACAUGAUCAAGCCAAGACUAAAAUCCCAGACUUUCGGACUUCCUCUGCCCUGGGUUAUAAUCUUUUGUUUUUCCUUGGUAGACCUGAGUCACUCGGAGACCCAUAAUUUUGAAACAGUGUGUCAUGAAUGUUUAUCAUCUUUCUUGGGCAUGCUUUUCUACAUAUUUUGAAUACAUCCCAUGGGGAUUAUCCAAAAAUGCCAUAUCUGCCUGUAAUAAGUGGGGAAGAAAAUUAAUUGCCUAAGAAAUAGCUAUUAAUACUUUGCAACACAGGGUUGUAAAUUGUGCUGCUCAUUUUAAGCUGCUGCAUGAGCAUGCUGACAGAAUUAUUAACCAACUUACUUUGCUUGUUUUCUAUAUGAGUCAAUUCCAGAGGAAUAACCUUGGAAUUGAGUGUUUUUUGAAUCAUAAAUUUUAAAUUUCUUUUUUAUAUAGCAAAGUGUAUGAUGUCAUACAUUGAGUAAAGUCUGUUACCUUUCAACAAAAGAUACAAUUUCAAAAUCAGGUUUUGUAGUCUCUUGAAGAAACUGAUAGCGUGACUUCCUUUGAGGAUAAUCAUUGAGCUCGUGUUUAUUUGAUCUGCCUAAAAGUAGUAACUGAAGCUGAGUUCCACCGUUCUUACUUAUUUCGGCUUCUGAUUUAUCCUAGCUGGCUACACAGUCUGUCUGAAUCCUAAUCUUCUGUAUUUUCCACAAGGAGCAAAAGUCAAGACAUUAUCCACUUACAUGAGCAUCAUUCAUAGAAAUUAGUUUUGCUUAUGAGUUUAAGGGAAUUUGAGAUUAUUUUUCAGAUGCAGCAUUUUAAAGUGAACAAGUUCAUUUGCAUCAAAACUCUUGGGUUGCUUUUUGGUAAGAACGUGCAGAAGAGGGAAUUAGCUGUUUACAUGGUGCCAAAUUUAGGAGAGGCAGAGUGUGAUUUUUAUUGAGUGGUGCGUGCUUGAUCAAUAAGGCACAUUUAACCUUGAAUUCUUUUGAAAUCAAAUGCAAUUGAAAAUUUUGUUUUGCUGGGCUGUGAAACAGGCUGCAAACAAGGCCAUUUUGGCAGCAAAAUGACCAAAAGCUGAAACAAAAUUUCUUGUUCCGUGAUGCUUGUGGCAUCCUUUGCUAAUGAGUAAAGCUCCACACUGACGAUAGGUAAUUAAACUACUUAUGAAUCCCACAUAGAGGGCUGUGAUCUAUCUUUGCAUUUCGGCAUCAGAAACGCAGUCUAGACCACAGCAUUGGAAGUUCUGGAGCCUCAGGAGCAGAGCCAGCACAGAGGUCACUUGGAGUUGAACAAGAGAAGGAGCUAGGCUCACAGUGUCAUUGCUCAUGGGGUGGCCUCUCCACUUGGGCUCCGGGGGUGUUUGAUUCAUUUCAGGUCUUUUCUUCAGUUUGGCUUCAUUACCGUGGUGUGGGCCAUAUACUUUGUGUUUCCCGGGGAGAAGGCUUUGUGGAAAUCUCAGCAUUAGGAACUGCAGUCAGUGUUCUGUAGGUCCGGUGCACCUUCUGUGAGCCGGUGUGAGAACAGAGUGCUCACUCUAGCGGCUGUGGAUGCGGUCUGGUCCAGGGCACAGUUUACGGGAUAUGUCAUGAUUCAUGGGGUGGCGGCAGGGAUGGUAAAAGCAGUUUGCUCUUGGUGUCACCUGCUUCCUUUGUUAAUGCUUGAGCUGUCUUACUUGUCAGUAUUUCCUUAUCUCCUGCUCUGGUCGUGCCAGCUAGUAGAGUUACAGAUGGUGGCAGCAGUCAGGAUGGGUUCCUACCCCAUCCAGAAAUGGCACACAGGGAGAAGGUGAGGGAAUUGGUGGGUUCUACUAUAGCGGCCCAGAGAUGCCUUCACGAAACUAUUAUUAAGAUCCCCAAACAGAUGAAUGUCAAAUGCCUGGAAACAGCAACAUUGGAAAGAAGCAAGGAAAAUGAAUGAUCCCGCUGAACAGUGUGGAUUGAAAGGUUCUUAACAAGUCCGGCAAGAUAAACUUAUGGCCAAAAGGAGCAAUUUUUCUGCCUCUGCAAAUAGACAUGAUAAACACUAAAAUUGCCAAGUUUUGGGGAUAGAAACUUUUCAAGUACAGUAUUGAAGAAUGAGGCAGAUCCCGAAGAUGUUGACCAGGGAAAGCAAUCUUGGCAAAGUCCAGAAAUGAGAAGGCAUGAGGAAGAGAAGGGGAGAUGCUUAGAACAGGGGUGCUGGGGCUCCUUGACCACCAGCAGCAACACAUACUUGUCCCCACCAGACCCACCCGAAUCGGAAACUGAGGGUGGGCCGGGCAGUCUCACAAGGCCUCCGGAGGACUCUGAUGCACGUGGACAUUUGAGAACCACAGGCUUUGCUGUACCUAAGCAUUUUAAUAUAUUGGCAUCCCCCUAAGCUCUGAGGUGCACUUAUAUUUCCCUCCAUAAGUAUAGACAUGUUUUGUAUAUGAUUCUUUGCAGAAACUGUUAAUGUUUUUAUUUCCCAUACUUUUUCCCUAAAGCCCCUAAAAGAUCUGGAAAUGUUGAGAAAGAAUGAUGUGGAGAAAAUUGCCAUCAAGGCCAUAUUUAGAUGGAUGGAAACAACCUUUAAAGUGGAUUAAAAUAUAACAAUGA